CUGCUAGAGCCCCCUCAGCCACAGCCGAGCUGGGCAGCGACUCCAGACUAACAGAAUGAUUGGGACUGUGGUGGUUGGAAUUGGAAUUGCUGGAUCAGUGCGGAUCAGGGACUUGCUGAAUCCAUUCCCUUCCAGCCCAUCUGAGCAUCUGAAGCUGCUUGGCUUUGUAUCCAGGAGAGAUGUGGGAAAUUUUAAAGAGGUCAAGCAGAUUAACCUGGAAGAUGCUCUGAGAAACAAAGAGAUCCAAGCAGCCAUCAUCAGCACAGACAACAAAAACCAUGAAGAGAGCGUCAGAAUGUUUCUGGAGGCUGGGAUGCACGUCCUGGUUGAGUAUCCCAUGGCACUGUCUGCUAAGGCAGCCCAUGACCUCUGGGAGUUGGCUGAGCAGAAAGGUAAAGUCCUCCAUGUGGAGCACAUUGAACUUAUGACAGAAGAGUACAAGCAGCUGAAAAAGGAGGUAGCUGGGAAGGAACUUGUCAAGGGAGUCCUACAUUUCACAGGUGGUCCCCUGGAUGAAAAGCGAUCAGGCUUCCCCUCUUUUAAUGGAAUUGCCCGCCUUACUUGGCUAAUUGAUCUCUUCGGGGACCUUACUGUCACCUCAGCCACCAGAGAGGAACAGAAAGAAAAGGACUAUUCCAAAAUGAUAGCCCAUUUUGAGACUGCAAACAAGAAACCUCUGACUUGGAUUGAAGAAAGGGGACCAGGACUGAAACGUGAAAAGAAAAUCAACUUCUGCUUCACAAGCGGCUGCCUGGAGAACCUCCCUCAGCCCCCACCAGCCACAGUGGGCCCUUUCAUGCAGGAUCAGAACCUCUUUGCCAAAAAACUGUUGGGCCAAGUCUCCAGGGAGGAGCUGGCCACUGAGAAAUGGCGUAUCCUGAGGUGCCUUGACCUUGCAGAGGAGAUACAGCAGCACUGUGAACAGCCAGAGAAUAUCCAUUCAUAAAACCAUGCUUAGCAAGAAAGAGAUCUGAACCGUUGGAGACUGUGCAGAUCUACAGCUUAGGGUUACAUCUUUUGCAUUUCCAGUGACCCCUUUCCAUAAAAUUACUGGAGAAAAUGUCCUGCUUUCUUGUGGGAGAAAUAAGGCCUUUCAUCCUGGAGUUCGUCCUGGUUCAGAAAUUGAAAUUAUAAUCUUCUCUGAGUGCACAAAAUGUUUCUGAUUUUGCAAGCUUCUGUGCAGCACCACUGAUAAUACUUAGAAAAGAAAAAAAUGGAGAUCCUGUAUUUGAUGGCUCACUCUCUUCUUUCCAACCUAUCAGGUUAAGUCUGUUCAUUGUGUUCUACAAAAAAUACCAGAUAAUCCCAAGUAUAAAAAAGAAAGACAUGCUGCAAGGGAAUUUCGUAGACAAGCUGAAAAACCCCUUCAAGAUAAGGAGAUGACAUUGUUAGAGAGAGUUGAAAGAAAUUGUUUAAAUGUUCAAAGAGAGAGAAAAUCUUCUCCCUGCCUCCCAUAAACCAAAUCACUGGUACUUUUACAGUGAAUGAAAGCUUUAGAGUGGGAUUUUUUAGAAGCACUUGGAGUGGUUCUGCAUGAGGAAAGGCAGAGCGGUGUGGAGAUGUCUGAGCUAGUUCUGAAUAUAAUUGCUCAGGUUUUGGAAGCAAUAUAACUGUAUUAGUAGGCAUUCCACAUGGGCUAAUUAGCCUUACUGAAAGGAAGGAUAUAUUAGCCCAGGCUAAGUGCCAUGCUGGUGCUGCUACGGUUGUCUCUAUGGGACAGGGCAGUGCUGUUUGCAGGGUAUCUGAGUUACUUGUGUGAGCAUGGCAUUCCACCUUGCUAAUUGCUUCCAGAAUUUGAGCUAGUUUCCAGUUAGCUUGGAUCAGUACACAAGACUCCAUUAUGUAACAUACCUUGAAUGUUAGCUUAAUUGUGCUUCCUUUGGAGUCACUGAGAAAUUUCACCACUGACUUCAACAACAGAGAAAAACAGAAUAUUGAAUAUUCUACCCUCAAAAAAUAUUAUUGUGUCUUGUUUGUGACUUUAUAUAGUACCUCUUUCAGUUAGUACAAGCCUGUACAAUGAGGAACUCUAUGAAAAUGCUUAGCUAUAUUACUGGCAUAGUUACACAUGUACAUAGGCACCAAAUUGGAAGCUAUGUGCAUCUAAGUGUGUUUAACUUUAUAGAAGCUUUUUCCAAAGGGAAUGUAGGGGUUGUUGUUGCUGUUGGGCUUUUUUUAAAGAAUUAUUACGCUUUUGUAUUCUCCAAGACUGCUGUCUUACAGAUUUGGGAUUUUGAAUUCCACUGAAAGCUUUAAUAUGUCCAUCCCUGCACGCCAUGUCAUAUUUUUCCACUUGCUUGAGAUAGAAGCAAGAGUUUUCUGUGGGAGUGGGUGGAGGGAAUUAAGAAUGUAUACACUUUAUGAGAAAGGAAAGUGCCUAUUGUGUCAACUUUUUAAAGCUGCUUUGGUUUUAUUUUUUUAAUAUCUAGCUUUGCUAUCAGUAACACCAUGGAAUAUUACAACUGAAAUUUCAUUCAUCACACUGAGAGUCUCUCUUUCCAGUUAGGCUAGUUAGCUGCUUAUCUUUAAAAAGAAAAAAAUUACACAAAAAAUCCCACACUGCUUGCAAAAAUGUAAUCCAAUUUAAUUUACGUCAGGAUCCAAUAUCCUGACCACACUGCUCUGUUCACUCAUUUCCUGCCCUUUCUUUCCAGUUUUUGCGCUAGAAUUACUUUCUCUUCAGAGGUGUGACUUUGCUGAGGUAACAUGGUAUAUUGUGUACCAGCAUUGGUGAAUUUGUUAUAUGUAACUUAAUAAAGUGAUUAGAGUUCAACAUG